GUAAUAAUGGCCAUUAUAGUAUGUGUGCUUUGUCACAUUGUUCCUUCAUUGGUAAAGCUACGUAAAGAAGGCUUAGAUGCUCAAGAGAAGAUUAAGAGUUAUAUAUGGUGGAUGUCUCUUGGAUUUGCAAUAUUGGAGGCUCUGAUAGUAUCUUGUUAUUCACUUCCAUAUUCAAUCUAUGUAGCUAGCCAUAGAGUCAAACAUUUGAUCGUAACUUCAAUUUUCUUGGUAUGUGGUGCGAUGAAAAUAAUGUGGAUUUGUGAUACCAUCUCAGAAUCUGGAUUUGGUCAAGGAUCAAGUCUAAUUAUAUGUGUUGGAAUACUGACGGGCUACAAAGAAAUGUUGCACAAUAUGUUGUCUCGGCAGUCAGGAAGUAUUAUGAGCUGGGGUCCAUAUGUACUAGGUUUGCUAGGUGUUUUUACCCUGGUUACUAUGUGGGCAGUUAUGGUAACUGAAGGCUGCAGGAAAGUAAAGCUGCAAUACUAUGGUUUUAAACAUGCAUCGACUGCUAGAGAUGACUCUCCAGUCACUGAAGUGGAGCCUUAUAUUCCUUUCAAUAUCAACCCAGCAGGAAUGUAUCCUGUUCUUACCACUAAUUAUCUGUUGGCCAUCCCCAUCAUUCUUGCAAGUCUUCUUAGUUCGCCUUUUUGGGAGCACGCCAAGGAGAUAUUGAAUCCUGAAACUUCUAUUGGCGCUAAACCUUGGGUGUGCUACUCAAUAUAUGCAUUUUUCAUCUUUCUAUUCAAUAUAUUUGACAUUGAAAACUUGCCUAAGGAAAUUUCUUAUUACUUGAACAAGAUAUGGGUGCCCAUACCAAAUGUAAAACCUAGGAAGGCUACCAUUGAGUACCUCACAAAGAUUCAGGCAUCAACACGAUUCUGGGGUAGGCUUUUUUUAUCUUUUCUCUGUACUUCCAACUAUGUUGUUUUUCAUUAUUAG